UACAACUACUGAAGAAUGGAAAAAUAGAAAUAUCCAACGUCUCUAUUUUGUCCGACAGCAAGUAGCUCCACAAGGAAAGCUCUUCUAUACCUCCAAAACCGAACACUUGAGCUAAAAGAAAUAGCACAGAUUAGCAUCUAAUAAAACCACCAUUGAUCUCCUCUCUCUCUUUUCCUUAUAACCAGCAAGAUGCUUCUGUAGCUUUCCAUGCCCCAUGUUUGAUGUAGAUGCUUUGCUCUAGCUAUCCACCUCUCCACCAAUCUCACAACAACUCCUCUCAAAUAAUAAACAUCUAAAGCUACAUCUUCUACAGAUUUGAUCUCCUUCUUCCAUGCACAGUGCAAUGGAGCAAGCCAAAUACUGGAUGUGGACAAGAAGAAAAUUCCCAGCAAGUCCACCUCUCUUCGACUCACUUACUCGUACUCCGAUCCCUUCUGCCUCCGUGUUUUAUAACCAAUCAUGGGAGGAGAAAGCUUUUGCUGAAGACUCUGCAGGACUAUUGGGUGGCUGUGUUUGGCCUCCAAGAUCUUAUUCUUGUAGCUUUUGUGGGAGGGAAUUUCGAUCGGCGCAAGCUCUCGGCGGCCACAUGAAUGUUCACCGGCGAGAUCGAGCAAGGCUAAAACAGUCAUCUAUGGUUGGAGAAGAUGAUAUUGAUGAUCGACACCAUAUCAAUAUUGGUGUUCCAAACCCUAGCCCUAACCCUAAUUUUGGGGUUGAUGUAUCCCUUGCCCAGGUAGCUCUCUUCAGUCCUCCCUCUAGGAAAGUGGUCAAUGAUGUCAAUUAUUCAGCAAUACACUGCUUGUGGGGAGAAGAGCUUAAGUUGGGGUCGAAGCGGCGGUUAGAUAAGGAAGAAGAGGAUAAAAACAGUAAUAAGAGGAUGAAGAUGAAUUCAUUUUUAGUGGAUGAGGAAAAGCUGCAGGAAUAUGCAGAAGAUGAGGUCAUCAAUCUAAGUCCUGAGAAAGUUGAGGACUUGGAUCUUGAGCUUCGGCUGGGAGAUCUGCCUAAGGUUAAGUAGUAUUGCUCAUCUUAUGUAACUAUGAGUGAACAUUUUCAAUGAUAUAUUCCGUGUUCUGUAUCAAUUAAUUCCAUUUGCAUGCUCUUUCACUUCUGUAUUAUUUUCCUCGUAG